AUGACUUCGCAUCGUAUUCAGCGUUGGGUAAUCAUACUUAUGGCAUAUCAAUUCGAUAUCAAGUAUCGUAAUACACACGCACAUGGUAAUGCGGAUGCAUUCUCUCGUUUACCUGUUGGCCUACAGAACUAUCGCCAGCAAAAUAUUCUAGAACUCUUACAUGAUGGACAUUCGGGAACCGUAAGAAUGAAGCAAUUAGCACGACAUCACGUUUGGUGGCCAAACAUCGAUGACGACAUAGCCAAAGUGACACGUCAAUGUGAAAUUUGUAAAGUUGGCAAUCCAACUCCUACACGUCAAUACCUUAGUUGGCCAGAAGCAAAAGCACCAUGGGAACGCGUUCAUAUCGACUUCGCUGGCCCUAUAUUCGAUUCUAUGUGGCUUAUAUGCAUAGACGCUUAUUCGCAAUUUCCAUUCGUAACACAGUUAUCUUCAACUACAACAGAUAAUACUAUACAUUCUUUAAAAUCAAUUUUUGCCAUAGAAGGUUUUCCCAAUACACUGGUUAGUGAUAAUGGACCUCAGCUAACAUCCGACGCAUUACAACAAUUUUGCAAGUUACAUGGUAUUACGAACAUAACAACUGCACCGUUUCAUCCAGCAUCCAGCGCACCAUCGCAAUUAGAGGAAAAUGUUGCUGAAGAUCAGAAUUCAAGCAAUCCGAUUCGUAGAAGCAACCGAUCGCGACAACAGGUUACUCGUUUCACAGCUCCUGAUUUUAGAAAUAAAUAA